AUGCGGGAACCAAAUGGGAGCCAAGGUGAAGGUUUUGAUUGCUUUGUAUCUGGGUGUUUUGACUUUUUUAACACAUUGCUUCAAGGGGGCUGGUUUAAACUGUUUUCCCUAUAAGGCAAGAAAUGACCAUCCCAUACUUAGUCCAGUAUUACUACAGGAGGAAUCCUAAACUAAAAUGACUUUACUGGAUAGCUCUAUCAGUUCUAAACUGUCCAGUAAGGAUCAUUCUUUAUUGAUCCAGUGUUACUACAUGAGGAAAACUAAAUGAACUCUAUCUUUCCUUUAUUUUGUGUAGUUCUGGGAAGUAAUUUCAGAUGAACAUGGGAUAGAUCCAACUGGAACAUACCAUGGAGAUUCUGAUUUACAAUUAGAACGGAUUAAUGUCUAUUACAACGAAGUAACAGGUCCGUUAUAUACCGAUUUUUCAUUGUGAGAUGUAUAAAAUAAAGCAUAUCUCAAACGUGGUGGUCGAGUGUAGGUAGUAUUCUACAAUAAGCUGCCGUGGUUUGUGUCUGGACUAUCUGAAAAAGAUAUCAAACGUAGUGGUGCAGUGUAGGUAGUCUACAAUAAGCUGUCGUGGUUUGUAAUUGUGGUAGGUCAGACGCCACAAACUCUAUUGAGCCUUAAUGUUUGCCUUUACAGGGGGUCGGUAUGUUCCUCGCGCGGUUCUCAUUGACUUGGAGCCUGGGACUAUGGACUCAGUUCGUUCCGGACCGUUUGGACAAAUCUUCCGUCCUGACAACUUUGUUUUCGGUAGGUACAUUGAUAGAAUUGCUGAUUUAUUGAUUUCUUCAUUGAUUUAUCCAUUCAUUAAUCCAUCAUUUGAGUAUAUGAUUAUUGAUUGACUAUUAAGUAUUAAUGAAACUAAGGCUACGUUUACAGUACACUGUACUGCAAGAUAGCUUUCCGUAGCGACGUGAAAAAAACUAUCCGUACCUUUUAGGAACGCUAUUUUCAGAAGAAUUAUUGCAACGGAGAGAUGUUGUUUUGUUCAGCUUCUGAAAGUUGUACAUUCCGUAUUGGAUAGGUGCUUUUUCGCGCCGCUACGGAAAGUUAUCCGAUAUAGUGUCAACGUACAGUGUCCUUAUUUACCAGACGAACUGUUUCCGUACGCGGGGACCGUACGAGCUAGAUAUUGAUAUGGCACCAUGUAAGCAACCGAGAGUCACCUUAAAUCGUUACCAAUCCCUUGUAGGUCAAAGUGGUGCGGGGAAUAACUGGGCGAAAGGCCAUUACACAGAAGGCGCUGAGAUAGUUGACUCUGUUUUGGACGUACUACGCAAAGAAGCUGAAGGCUGUGACUGCGUUCAAGGCUUUCAAUUAUUACAUUCGCUUGGCGGCGGUACGGGAUCUGGCCUCGGAACUUUGAUCAUUACGAAAAUCCGGGAAGAAUACCCCGACCGAAUAAUGAGCACUUAUAGUGUGGUGCCCUCCCCCAAGGUUUCAGAUACGGUCGUAGAACCGUACAAUGCGACCCUUUCUGUUCAUCAGCUGGUGGAGAAUACUGAUGAGUCAUUCUGUUUUGAUAACGAGGCUCUCUAUGAUAUAUGCUUUAGAACGCUGAAAUUGACUACUCCGACAUAUGGAGACCUUAAUCAUCUCGUAUCGGCCACCAUGAGUGGCGUCACGACUUGUUUACGUUUUCCAGGGCAGGUACGUGCAAGUAGUAUGUUCUCACUUGAGUGCUUGCAACACGUGCAUGUGCGUUUCACCUCAGGGGUUUGAUUUCUACAAUUUCCAGUUGUUUGUUUAUAAUUUAACCUCAGUCACAUGUGAAGAGAGUGCUUUCAGUUUAAAGUGCGACUAACCCCAAAUAUAAUUUUUGGUAUGUGUAAUAUAUUUUUGGGUCAUUCUGAGAAGAAAUGUAAUGUAUCUCUAUAGUAAAAAACCUCAUCUUGAUCAACUUUUUUACUGUCAAAGAUUCCGGAUAUGAUGUCAUUAGGUGAAUUUUUGGUACAAAAAACAAAGGAAAACUAAUUUGCAAUUCACCUAAUGACAUCGUAUCCGCAAAUUUUGACAGUGAAAAAGUUGAUCAAGAUGGGAUUUUUUAUUAGAAAGAUAUUAUACAUUUCGUCUUCGGAUGAGCCAAAUAAUCACAUACCAAAAAUCAUAUUAGUGGUUAGUCGCAAUUUAAUCCCAGCAAUACUUGCAGGUUUACUCUCGUUACUCCUCCUGUAAUAACACUCGACCAGUGAUCCCUACAUGAGAGUUCAGAAAGAACUGAUAGAGCUAUCCGGUAUAGGGAUGUUAGUUUAGUUUAGGUUUCCUCGGUAUUCCUGCUGUAGUAACACUGAACCAGUGAUCCCUACAGGACAGUUCAGAAAGAACUGAUAGAACUAUCCAGUAUAAGGAUGUUAGUUUAGUUUAGGUUUCCUUGGUAUUCCUUCUGUAGUAACACUUGACCAAUGAUCCCUACAUGACAAUUAAGAAAGAACUGAUAGAACUAUCCAGUAUAGGGAUGUUAGUUUAGUUUAGGUUUCCUUGGUAUUUCUGCUGUAGUAACACUUGACCAGUGGGAGAUGGCCUUUACAAAACAACAGAACAACUACACGACUAGGGAGAACUGUUUUGAACUGGAUAAAGUUUAGUUAUUUGUACAUUUUAUUUUGUAGUUAAACUCAGACCUACGCAAGCUAGCAGUAAACAUGGUUCCAUUUCCACGACUACAUUUCUUCAUGCCAGGUUUUGCUCCGCUUACAAGCCGUGGUUCUCAGCAAUAUCGCGCCUUGACAGUACCUGAGCUCACGCAGCAAGUUUUCGACGCGAAGAACAUGAUGGCUGCCUGUGAUCCCCGCCAUGGACGCUACCUCACGUCCGCUGUGAUGUUCCGAGGACGCAUGUCCAUGAAAGAAGUCGACGAACAAAUGCUGAAUGUCCAGAAUAAAAACAGUUCAUAUUUUGUCGAGUGGAUUCCCAACAAUAUAAAGACCGCUGUAUGUGAUAUCCCACCUCGCGGGCUCAAGAUGUCUGCUACAUUUAUUGGUAUGUGAAAUAGUGAAUGUAUCAAUAUAUAGACUGAUUCGAAAGAUAGAUGUCCAUAGGUGGGUUUCAAUAAGAAUUUCGGGCAUCUACACUCGAAAAGGUUUUGUAGUGUGAGUGAGAAUUUUUAUACAUUUAUUUAGACCUGACCAGGACAGUUGUGAAAAAUCUAACUAUAGGCACUCUGCCAGGAAUCGAACGUGCAGCCCUGUGAUUCCAGUGCAGAGUGCCCUAACCAACUGAGCUACAGAGGCCAGUUGUCGAGCUCUAACCACAAGUUCAUGUUUUUAUAUACUACAGUGAUGCCAAUGUAAUGUGAACUUUAUGCUACAGACCACAGUGAUGCCAAUGAAAUUUCUCCAUUACCAGGUAACAAUACGUCCAUUCAAGAAUUGUUCAAAAGAGUGAGCGAGCAGUUUACCGCCAUGUUUCGUCGCAAGGCUUUCUUACAUUGGUACACAGGGGAAGGAAUGGACGAAAUGGAAUUUACGGAGGUAUGAGGACAUUCAGGAGUUUCAUUUUAAUUUAAGAACCUUCAUCCUUGACAUCUAUCCUUGAUCGCGAUUUGCAAUCUUGCUACGAUUAGUAAUUGUGAUCAUUAUUCAUUAUUUACAAUAUAUAAUUUGCAAAAGAUGGUGCCAUAGUGUUUAGUGCAUGCGUUAAGUCGUUUGCGACAUACUUAGCCUAGGUUAUUUUAUCUUUACAACAAUUGUGAUAUUACUUUCUUAACUGUGUUUAUCCUAACCCACCCUGUCAACUUUCCCUGUGGGAGAAAACCAGAGCACCCGGAGAAAACCCACGACUUUCGGCAGAGCGUUGACUCACUCUUUUCACAUGAGUCCGUAGCGAAAAUCGAACCCAGGACCUCAGAGGUGAAUUAAGAUUCUUGCUCUGACGACUGAAGCCCCAGCACAGAUUAAGUAAGGAUUAGGUAUAUACUUCACCUGUGACCCCAGCACAGAUUAAGUAAGGAUUAGGUAUAUACUUCACCUGUGGCCCCAGCACAGAUUAAGUAAGGAUUAGGUAUAUAUUUCACCUGUGGCCCCAGCACAGAUUAAGUAAGGAUUAGGUAUAUACUUCACCUGUGGCCCCAGCACAAAUUAAGUAAGGAUUAGGUAUAUACUUCACCUGUGGCCCCACCACAGAUUAAGUAAGGAUUAGGUAUAUACUUCACCUGUGGCCCCACCACAGAUUAAGUAAGGAUUAGGUAUAUACUUCACCUGUGGCCCCACCACAGAUUAAGUAAGGAUUAGGUAUAUAUUUCACCUGUGGCCCCAGCACAGAUUAAGUAAGGAUUAGGUAUAUAUUUCACCUGUGGCCCCAGCACAGAUUAAGUAAGGAUUAGGUAUAUAUUUCACCUGUGGCCCCAGCACAGAUUAAGUAAGGAUUAGGUAUAUACUUCACCUGUGGCCCCAGCACAGAUUAAGUAAGGAUUAGGUAUAUAUUUCACCUGUGACCCCAGCACAGAUUAAGUAAGGAUUAGGUAUAUACUUCACCUGUGGCCCCACCACAGAUUAAGUAAGGAUUAGGUAUAUACUUCACCUGUGACCCCAGCACAGAUUAAGUAAGGAUUAGGUAUAUACUUCACCUGUGGCCCCACGGGAAAUGAACGGUGUUGUGUUUUCAGGCGGAGUCGAACAUGAAUGAUUUGGUGUCGGAGUACCAGCAAUACCAGGAUGCAACAGUGGACGAGGUAGGAGAAUAUGACGAGGAGGAGGAAGGCGAGGAGGCUUGA